AUGUCCUUACGCAACGGUUACGUAUAUGAUACCAGUACGAAGAGUACGGUUAUUCCCGGACGUAUUGCAUCGACGAGUGCCGUAACACUUCACCUGAAUGGAUCCUAUGCAACAGAUAAGGUUCAGAAUAGUAGUGCACAAUAUAUGAGGGCAACGAUGACAAAUGGUAAAGCGAGAUGGACUUGUCGGAUCUGUGGAAAAAUGUUAUCAUCGAAGCGAUCGUUUGAUGAGCAUUCGAACAUCCAUAAUCGAGCACGACCGUUUCAAUGUGAACACUGCGACUAUGCGGCUGCGAGUCAAAUGACACUGCGACGUCAUAAUCUACGUAAUCAUACGCCACGUCAAGCAUGGGGCUAUCAAUGCCCCUAUUGCCCUGAGCUUUAUAUGGAACCUGCGAGCUAUCAACAACAUGUUGGAUCGCGUCACUUCGGGAAGUCAGCAACGUUUGGUUGUCCUUUAGAAGGUUGUUCGUUCACAACACUUUCCUGUGGAUAUUUCAGAGAUCACCUGUCGAAACAUCGCAAUUUACCGAGAGCGUAUAUGGGAUAUACAACAGUUGAGAAUAUCUCAUUGAGCCGAUUCAUUGUUGAGGAUAGACUUGGUAUAUUUUUUCAGUCAUUUUUAGGAAUUAUGUGGGUGGGUGUUGGUUUCGGGAAACGUCCUCUGAAACAAAUUGUUCGACCGUCAUUCUUAAAGAAGGCCGCAGAAGAGGAGAGAGAAUAUCAGGAAUAUAUGAAGACACCGAUCAACUGCGAUAGGUUGCGAAGUUUCAAUCGAAAAGAGACGACGAACACAAAGCAAAAUGUGGCGUUACGUUUCGAUCGGGUAACGACACCAUUCGAGGAAGUGAAUGAAGAGGAUGGAAUCCGAAUAGAGAGUGCUUGUAAGCUGUUCGAUGGUCAGCGAUGGAUCGUCGAGGAUGUGGGCUGUUUAGAGGUGGUUGUAGGCGACGAUAAUCAAGCCACAUCGAAGAUAUUACACGAGGGUAUGGUCGAACCUGAUCUCGAUUGA